CCGAUUCAGCCCACCCAGCGUAUCACGCUCAUAGAGAUCAUAACCCCCAGCAAAACCCUAAACUCUCUGCACCACCCACCCUCCUCCGGGACUUGAAACCCUAACGCCACUCUCAGUCCCUCGUUCGAAUUAAUCAAAUUAGCUAUGGCUAAGCUAUCAAACCCCACUGGCGCCGGUCCCAACGACAUCAAGAAGAACAAGAAAAAGAGGAAGAAGUCAGGCCCGAACGUCGUAGCCAUGAAAGUCCAGGCCCCAAAAGCCAAUCCAUUCGAGACCAUUUGGUCCCGAAGAAAAUUCGAUAUCCUCGGGAAGAAGCGCAAGGGGGAAGAGCGCCGUGUCGGCCUCGCUCGCUCCCUUGCUGUGGAAAAGAGGAAGAAGACGCUGCUGAAGGAGUACGAACAAAGUGGGAAGGCUUCGGUGUUCUUGGAUAAGCGUAUUGGAGAGAAUAAUGACACGCUUGCCGAAUUUGAUAAGGCUAUUCUGCGGUCUCAGCGUGAGCGUCAGUUGAAACUGAAUAAAAAAAGCAAGUAUAACUUAUCAGAUGGAGAAGAAGAAGAUUUUGAAAUCCAAGGUCUUGGUGCAUUCUCUGAAAGGGAUGAUUUUGAGGAUGAAUUGUUGCCUGAUGAUGAUGACUAUGAUGGUGAAUCCACUAAGAAAGAGUCAGCCAUGCUAAAUCAACUUAAUGCUCAUAAGACACAGAAUCCACUGGAGAGGCAUCUGAUUGAAGGAGGGGAAAAUAAACACAAAAGCAAGAAAGAAGUGAUGGAGGAAAUUAUCUCAAAAAGCAAAUUUUUUAAGGCACAAAAAGCAAGAGAGAAAGAAGAUAAUGAACAUUUGAUGGAUGAAUUGGACAAAAACUUCACAUCUUUAGUGCAGUCUGAAGCAUUAUUAUCUUUAACUGAACCUGGUAAGCUGAAUGCUUUGAAGGCUCUUGUGAACAAGAGUGUUCUGAAUGAGAAAAAGAAGAAGGAUGAGCCAUCUACAACUCAAAAAACAGAAAAUUUUAGCCAGGAUCAACCUGAUUCUUACGACAAACUUGUCAAAGAGAUGGCACUGGAAAUGCGUGCUCGCCCCUCAGACAGGACUAAGACUCCUGAAGAGAUUGCCCAGGAGGAGAGAGAACGAUUAGAGCGUUUGGAGGAUGAACGACAGAAAAGAAUGCUUGCUCCUGAUUAUUCCAGUGAUGAAGACAAUGAUGAUGCUCUGAAACCAUCUACCCAGGGUCAAAGAUCUAUAUCUGGGGAUGAUCUUGGUGAUUCCUUCUCGCUUGAAGAAGAGCCCAGGUCUAAAAAGGGUUGGGUUGAUGAGAUUCUUGAAAGAAGGGAUGGCAAUGAUUCUGAGAGUGAAACUAGUGAUUCAUCAGGUGAUUCUGAAACUGCUGAAGAUGAUAGUGAUGAAGAAGGAUCUGAUGAAGAUAACGAGGAAGGUGAAAAUAAUCUAUCUUUGAAGGACUGGGAACAAAGUGAUGAUGACACUUUGGUUAAAGAUUUGGAAGAUGGUGAAGAAGAAGGUGAAGAAUAUGAUGAUGAUGGGCAACAGAUGGAGCCAAAACCCCAGAAAAAGAAAGAAAAAACUAUUGCUUUUGCAGCUAGUAAGAGAAAUGGAGAUAUUUUAGAUGCCAAAAAAAGCAAAACAGAUGGUAAACACUCUUCAACGCCGGACAUUCCCUACUUGAUUGAAGCUCCAAAGAGUUUUGAAGAGUUAUCUGCAUUAUUGGGCAAUCGUUCUAAUAAUGACAUUACGUUGAUACUCAAUCGAAUUCGGACAAGCAAUGCAAUCAAGCUUGCAGCAGAAAAUCGAAAGAAAAUGCAAGUAUUCUAUGGCAUACUACUUCAGUAUUUUGCCAUCUUAGCAAAUAAAAAGCCUUUAAAUUUCGAGCUACUAAAUUUGCUGGUGAAGCCAUUGAUGGAGAUGAGUGUGGAGAUCCCGUACUUUGCUGCAAUAUGUGCUCGUCAGAGGAUACUACGAGUUCGAAUGCAACUUUGUGAGAUCAUCAAAGAUCCAGAAAUUAGCAGUUGGCCUUCUUCAAAAACAUUAUUUCUUUUGAGGCUCUGGUCCAUGAUAUUCCCAUGCUCUGACUUUCGUCAUGUGGUCAUGACUCCAGCAAUCUUGUUGAUGUGUGAAUAUCUGAUGCGCUGUCCCAUUGUGUUGGGGCGGGAUAUUGCUAUGGGAUCUUUCUUAUGCUCUAUGCUUCUCUCUGUCACUAGACAAUCUCAGAAGUUCUGUCCGGAAGCAAUAACGUUUCUCCGAACUUUGCUGAUGGCUGCAGCAAACACAAAACCGGUUCAAUGUCAAGACUCUCAGUUUUAUUAUCGAUUGGAAUUUAAAGCACUCAGGCCCUUGCUUUGUAUACGUGAUCGCGAGAUUGAGAUCAGUCCACUGAAUUUUAUAAUGUUAAUGGAUAUGCCUGAGGACUCUCCUUUUUUUACCUCUGAUACCUUCAGGGCUGGUGUGCUGGUAACUGUUAUUGAAACCCUACGAGGAUAUGUUAACGUUUAUGAGGGAUUAAGUUCCUUUCCUGAAAUUUUUCUGCCAAUUUCUGUGUUGUUACUUGAAGUAGCACAACAGGAAAAUAUGCCGUAUGUAUUGCAAAAUAAAUUCAAAGAUGUUGCUCAACUCAUUCAGACUAAAGCCGAAGAACAUUACUUGUUGCGGCGUCCGCUUCAAAUGCGGAAGCAAAAGCCAGUGCCUAUCAAAUUACUGAAUCCAAAAUUUGAGGAGAACUUUGUUAAAGGUAGAGAUUAUGAUCCAGAUCGUGAACGGGCUGAGCAGAGAAAGUUGAAGAAACUUCUAAAUCGUGAAGCUAAAGGGGCUGCUCGUGAACUGCGUAAAGAUAAUUCUUUCUUAUAUGAGGUGAAGGAAAAAGACAAGACCUUAUUGGAAGAAGAAAGAGCAGAGAAGUAUGGAAAGGCUUUAGCCUUCCUUCAAGAACAAGAACAUGCUUUCAAAUCUGGGCAAUUGGGGAAAGGCAAGAAGAGGAUGAGAUGAAGCUGAUUAUUUAUGCUAUAUAUAUAUAUAUAUAUAUAUAAAAAUUGUUACUGGGGUAUUUGGUUGCCUUGAGUUGAAGCCUUGAAAUAAAUUGGAGGCUUUAUCUCGAUUAACUGCACCAAAUCCCUUUUGUGAUUUUAGAGAAUUGAGUCUUAACAAUUUUGGCCCCCCUAAAUUAGCUUAUUCGGAACAUGGCCUCCAAAUACCAAAUUAGCAUAUUUGGUUGCCUUGAGUUGAAGCCUUAAACUUCUUGUCCCCCAGAAUGUCCUGGCUCCACCAUUGUAAGCCCUUGGAUGCUGUCUCUGCGAAUGUUGUUAGACAUAUGCAUAUUAGGAUGUUUAAGUCGGAGAUCAGCUUCUGAAGAUUGAGGAGAGUGCCAUUGAAGAAUGUGACUAUUACAUCAUCAGCUAAACCUGGAUGUGAGGCAGAUCAUUUCAUAAAUUCUAUAUUAUUAUGAAGAGUAGAGACAUAAACACCAUACCAAAUGCAGAGAUGAGAGGUAUUGGCUUUUA